UGUGGACGAAACAUUGACAGAUUGAAACAAUAACCCAUUAAUCUGAGACAUUUUAGUAUUUGAAGCGACGACGAGAAGUGCGGGCGGUCGUGGCAGCUAGCUCGGAGCUCUUGGGAGAGACUGCUUGAUGUUCAGUCAGGUCAUUUUGCCCAGAAGUUCUUCGGGUUUGAAGAAACGCUCACAUCUGCCUAAGCAUGCUAAGGCUGGUAUUAGGCUUGGUCUUGCUGACCCUGGUUACUGGCUCAAAGUGUCCAAAUGAAGAUCUUUGUGGGGAGCAGCAGACAUGUUGCCAGAUCCCCUCUGGAGAAUAUACCUGUUGCCCCUUCUACCAGGGAGAGUGCUGUGAGGACCACUUACACUGCUGCCCUGAAGGGAUGCUGUGCCAAAUGACAGAAUCCAAGUGUUCAAAUACUACUCACACACUACCUUGGGCAGAGAGACGGUCUACUACAGCAGGCCUUCCCAAGGCAGUAUGUUGUGAAGACUUCAUCCACUGCUGUCCUCAAGGGAAAAAGUGUAACCUUGCUGCUCAGACAUGUGACGACGCCUCAGGUUCUGUUCCCUGGCUGAAGAAGGAACCCACCCGACCAAUAAAAGGACAGAAAGUUCCAGAAACCAAGGGGUCUGAUGUUCCCUGUAAUGACACUGUGGCCUGUCUUGAUGGGAGCACAUGUUGUAAGACUGCACAGGGAGACUGGGCUUGCUGUCCUAUCCCUAAGGCAGUAUGUUGUGAAGACUUCAUCCACUGCUGUCCUCAAGGGAAAAAAUGUAACCUUGCUGCUCAGACAUGUGACGACGCCUCAGGUUCUGUUCCCUGGCUGAAGAAGGAACCCACACGACCUAUAAGAGGACAGAAAGUUCCAGAAACCAAAGGGUCUGAUGUUCCCUGUAAUGACACUGUGGCCUGUCUUGAUGGGAGCACAUGUUGUAAGACUGCACAGGGAGACUGGGCUUGCUGUCCUAUCCCUAAGGCAGUAUGUUGUGAAGACUUCAUCCACUGCUGUCCCCAAGGGACAAAGUGUAAUCUUGCUGCUGAGACAUGUGACGACGCCUCAGGUUCUGUUCCCUGGCUGAAGAAGGAACCCACCCGACCUAUAAGAGGACAGAAAGUUCCAGAAACCAAAGGGUCUGAUGUUCCCUGUAAUGACACUGUGGCCUGUCUUGAUGGGACCACAUGUUGUAAGACUGCACAGGGAGACUGGGCUUGCUGUCCUAUCCCUAAGGCAGUAUGUUGUGAAGACUUCAUCCACUGCUGUCCUCAAGGGAAAAAGUGUAACCUUGCUGCUCAGACAUGUGACGACCCAUUAGGCUCUGUUCCCUGGCUGAAGAAGGAACCCACCCGACCGAUAAAAGGACAGAAAGUUCCUGAAACCAAGGGGUCUGAUGUUCCCUGUAAUGACACUGUGGCCUGUCUUGAUGGGACCACAUGUUGUAAGACUGCACAGGGAGACUGGGCUUGCUGUCCUCUCCCUCAGGCAGUAUGUUGUGAAGACUUCAUCCACUGCUGUCCCCAAGGGACAAAGUGUAAUCUUGCUGCUGAGACAUGUGACGACGCCUCAGGUUCUGUUCCCUGGCUGAAGAAGGAACCCACCCGACCUAUAAGAGGACAGAAAGUUCCAGAAACCAAAGGGUCUGAUGUUCCCUGUAAUGACACUGUGGCCUGUCUUGAUGGGACCACAUGUUGUAAGACUGCACAGGGAGACUGGGCUUGCUGUCCUAUCCCUAAGGCAGUAUGUUGUGAAGACUUCAUCCACUGCUGUCCCCAAGGGACAAAGUGUAAUCUUGCUGCUGAGACAUGUGACGACACCUCAGGUUCUGUUCCCUGGCUGAAGAAGGAACCCACCCGACCUAUAAGAGGACAGAAAGUUCCAGAAACCAAAGGGUCUGAUGUUCCCUGUAAUGACACUGUGGCCUGUCUUGAUGGGACCACAUGUUGUAAGACUGCACAGGGAGACUGGGCUUGCUGUCCUCUCCCUCAGGCAGUAUGUUGUGAAGACUUCAUCCACUGCUGUCCUCAAGGGAAAAAGUGUAACCUUGCUGCUCAGACAUGUGACGACCCAUUAGGCUCUGUUCCCUGGCUGAAGAAGGAACCCACCCGACCGAUAAAAGGACAGAAAGUUCCUGAAACCAAGGGGUCUGAUGUUCCCUGUAAUGACACUGUGGCCUGUCUUGAUGGGACCACAUGUUGUAAGACUGCACAGGGAGACUGGGCUUGCUGUCCUCUCCCUCAGGCAGUAUGUUGUGAAGACUUCAUCCACUGCUGUCCCCAAGGGACAAAGUGUAAUCUUGCUGCUGAGACAUGUGACGACGCCUCAGGUUCUGUUCCCUGGCUGAAGAAGGAACCCACCCGACCUAUAAGAGGACAGAAAGUUCCAGAAACCAAAGGGUCUGAUGUUCCCUGUAAUGACACUGUGGCCUGUCUUGAUGGGACCACAUGUUGUAAGACUGCACAGGGAGACUGGGCUUGCUGUCCUAUCCCUAAGGCAGUAUGUUGUGAAGACUUCAUCCACUGCUGUCCCCAAGGGACAAAGUGUAAUCUUGCUGCUGAGACAUGUGACGACACCUCAGGUUCUGUUCCCUGGCUGAAGAAGGAACCCACCCGACCUAUAAGAGGACAGAAAGUUCCAGAAACCAAAGGGUCUGAUGUUCCCUGUAAUGACACUGUGGCCUGUCUUGAUGGGACCACAUGUUGUAAGACUGCACAGGGAGACUGGGCUUGCUGUCCUCUCCCUCAGGCAGUAUGUUGUGAAGACUUCAUCCACUGCUGUCCUCAAGGGAAAAAGUGUAACCUUGCUGCUCAGACAUGUGACGACCCAUUAGGCUCUGUUCCCUGGCUGAAGAAGGAACCCACCCGACCAAUAAAAGGACAGAAAGUUCCUGAAACCAAGGGGUCUGAUGUUCCCUGUAAUGACACUGUGGCCUGUCUUGAUGGGACCACAUGUUGUAAGACUGCACAGGGAGACUGGGCUUGCUGUCCUCUCCCUCAGGCAGUAUGUUGUGAAGACUUCAUCCACUGCUGUCCCCAAGGGACAAAGUGUAAUCUUGCUGCUGAGACAUGUGACGACGCCUCAGGUUCUGUUCCCUGGCUGAAGAAGGAACCCACCCGACCUAUAAGAGGACAGAAAGUUCCAGAAACCAAAGGGUCUGAUGUUCCCUGUAAUGACACUGUGGCCUGUCUUGAUGGGACCACAUGUUGUAAGACUGCACAGGGAGACUGGGCUUGCUGUCCUAUCCCUAAGGCAGUAUGUUGUGAAGACUUCAUCCACUGCUGUCCCCAAGGGACAAAGUGUAAUCUUGCUGCUGAGACAUGUGACGACACCUCAGGUUCUGUUCCCUGGCUGAAGAAGGAACCCACCCGACCUAUAAGAGGACAGAAAGUUCCAGAAACCAAAGGGUCUGAUGUUCCCUGUAAUGACACUGUGGCCUGUCUUGAUGGGACCACAUGUUGUAAGACUGCACAGGGAGACUGGGCUUGCUGUCCUCUCCCUCAGGCAGUAUGUUGUGAAGACUUCAUCCACUGCUGUCCUCAAGGGAAAAAGUGUAACCUUGCUGCUCAGACAUGUGACGACCCAUUAGGCUCUGUUCCCUGGCUGAAGAAGGAACCCACCCGACCAAUAAAAGGACAGAAAGUUCCUGAAACCAAGGGGUCUGAUGUUCCCUGUAAUGACACUGUGGCCUGUCUUGAUGGGACCACAUGUUGUAAGACUGCACAGGGAGACUGGGCUUGCUGUCCUAUCCCUAAGGCAGUAUGUUGUGAAGACUUCAUCCACUGCUGUCCCCAAGGGACAAAGUGUAAUCUUGCUGCUGAGACAUGUGACGACGCCUCAGGUUCUGUUCCCUGGCUGAAGAAGGAACCCACCCGACCAAUAAAAGGACAGAAAGUUCCUGAAACCAAGGGGUCUGAUGUUCCCUGUAAUGACACUGUGGCCUGUCUUGAUGGGACCACAUGUUGUAAGACUGCACAGGGAGACUGGGCUUGCUGUCCUAUCCCUAAGGCAGUAUGUUGUGAAGACUUCAUCCACUGCUGUCCCCAAGGGACAAAGUGUAAUCUUGCUGCUGAGACAUGUGACGACGCCUCAGGUUCUGUUCCCUGGCUGAAGAAGGAACCCACCCGACCUAUAAGAGGACAGAAAGUUCCAGAAACCAAAGGGUCUGAUGUUCCCUGUAAUGACACUGUGGCCUGUCUUGAUGGGACCACAUGUUGUAAGACUGCACAGGGAGACUGGGCUUGCUGUCCUAUCCCUAAGGCAGUAUGUUGUGAAGACUUCAUCCACUGCUGUCCCCAAGGGACAAAGUGUAAUCUUGCUGCUGAGACAUGUGACGACACCUCAGGUUCUGUUCCCUGGCUGAAGAAGGAACCCACCCGACCUAUAAGAGGACAGAAAGUUCCAGAAACCAAAGGGUCUGAUGUUCCCUGUAAUGACACUGUGGCCUGUCUUGAUGGGACCACAUGUUGUAAGACUGCACAGGGAGACUGGGCUUGCUGUCCUCUCCCUCAGGCAGUAUGUUGUGAAGACUUCAUCCACUGCUGUCCUCAAGGGAAAAAGUGUAACCUUGCUGCUCAGACAUGUGACGACCCAUUAGGCUCUGUUCCCUGGCUGAAGAAGGAACCCACCCGACCAAUAAAAGGACAGAAAGUUCCUGAAACCAAGGGGUCUGAUGUUCCCUGUAAUGACACUGUGGCCUGUCUUGAUGGGACCACAUGUUGUAAGACUGCACAGGGAGACUGGGCUUGCUGUCCUCUCCCUCAGGCAGUAUGUUGUGAAGACUUCAUCCACUGCUGUCCCCAAGGGACAAAGUGUAAUCUUGCUGCUGAGACAUGUGAUGACGCCUCAGGUUCUGUUCCCUGGCUGAAGAAGGAACCCACCCGACCUAUAAGAGGACAGAAAGUUCCAGAAACCAAAGGGUCUGAUGUUCCCUGUAAUGACACUGUGGCCUGUCUUGAUGGGACCACAUGUUGUAAGACUGCACAGGGAGACUGGGCUUGCUGUCCUCUCCCUCAGGCAGUAUGUUGUGAAGACUUCAUCCACUGCUGUCCUCAAGGGAAAAAGUGUAACCUUGCUGCUCAGACAUGUGACGACCCAUUAGGCUCUGUUCCCUGGCUGAAGAAGGAACCCACCCGACCAAUAAAAGGACAGAAAGUUCCUGAAACCAAGGGGUCUGAUGUUCCCUGUAAUGACACUGUGGCCUGUCUUGAUGGGACCACAUGUUGUAAGACUGCACAGGGAGACUGGGCUUGCUGUCCUCUCCCUCAGGCAGUAUGUUGUGAAGACUUCAUCCACUGCUGUCCUCAAGGGAAAAAGUGUAACCUUGCUGCUCAGACAUGUGACGACCCAUUAGGCUCUGUUCCCUGGCUGAAGAAGGAACCCACCCGACCAAUAAAAGGACAGAAAGUUCCUGAAACCAAGGGGUCUGAUGUUCCCUGUAAUGACACUGUGGCCUGUCUUGAUGGGACCACAUGUUGUAAGACUGCACAGGGAGACUGGGCUUGCUGUCCUCUCCCUCAGGCAGUAUGUUGUGAAGACUUCAUCCACUGCUGUCCUCAAGGGAAAAAGUGUAACCUUGCUGCUCAGACAUGUGACGACCCAUUAGGCUCUGUUCCCUGGCUGAAGAAGGAACCCACCCGACCGAUAAAAGGACAGAAAGUUCCUGAAACCAAGGGGUCUGAUGUUCCCUGUAAUGACACUGUGGCCUGUCUUGAUGGGACCACAUGUUGUAAGACUGCACAGGGAGACUGGGCUUGCUGUCCUAUCCCUAAGGCAGUAUGUUGUGAAGACUUCAUCCACUGCUGUCCCCAAGGGACAAAGUGUAAUCUUGCUGCUGAGACAUGUGACGACCCAUUAGGCUCUGUUCCCUGGCUGAAGAAGGAACCCACCCGACCAAUAAAAGGACAGAAAGUUCCUGAAACCAAGGGGUCUGAUGUUCCCUGUAAUGACACUGUGGCCUGUCUUGAUGGGACCACAUGUUGUAAGACUGCACAGGGAGACUGGGCUUGCUGUCCUCUCCCUCAGGCAGUAUGUUGUGAAGACUUCAUCCACUGUUGUCCCCAAGGGACAAAGUGUAAUCUUGCUGCUGAGACAUGUGACGACGCCUCAGGUUCUGUUCCCUGGCUGAAGAAGGAACCCACCCGACCUAUAAGAGGACAGAAAGUUCCAGAAACCAAAGGGUCUGAUGUUCCCUGUAAUGACACUGUGGCCUGUCUUGAUGGGACCACAUGUUGUAAGACUGCACAGGGAGACUGGGCUUGCUGUCCUAUCCCUAAGGCAGUAUGUUGUGAAGACUUCAUCCACUGCUGUCCCCAAGGGACAAAGUGUAAUCUUGCUGCUGAGACAUGUGACGACGCCUCAGGUUCUGUUCCCUGGCUGAAGAAGGAACCCACCCGACCUAUAAGAGGACAGAAAGUUCCUGAAACCAAGGGGUCUGAUGUUCCCUGUAAUGACACUGUGGCCUGUCUUGAUGGGACCACAUGUUGUAAGACUGCACAGGGAGACUGGGCUUGCUGUCCUCUCCCUCAGGCAGUAUGUUGUGAAGACUUCAUCCACUGUUGUCCCCAAGGGACAAAGUGUAAUCUUGCUGCUGAGACAUGUGACGACGCCUCAGGUUCUGUUCCCUGGCUGAAGAAGGAACCCACCCGACCUAUAAGAGGACAGAAAGUUCCAGAAACCAAAGGGUCUGAUGUUCCCUGUAAUGACACUGUGGCCUGUCUUGAUGGGACCACAUGUUGUAAGACUGCACAGGGAGACUGGGCUUGCUGUCCUAUCCCUAAGGCAGUAUGUUGUGAAGACUUCAUCCACUGCUGUCCCCAAGGGACAAAGUGUAAUCUUGCUGCUGAGACAUGUGACGACGCCUCAGGUUCUGUUCCCUGGCUGAAGAAGGAACCCACCCGACCUAUAAGAGGACAGAAAGUUCCAGAAACCAAAGGGUCUGAUGUUCCCUGUAAUGACACUGUGGCCUGUCUUGAUGGGACCACAUGUUGUAAGACUGCACAGGGAGACUGGGCUUGCUGUCCUCUCCCUCAGGCAGUAUGUUGUGAAGACUUCAUCCACUGCUGUCCCCAAGGGACAAAGUGUAAUCUUGCUGCUGAGACAUGUGAUGACGCCUCAGGUUCUGUUCCCUGGCUGAAGAAGGAACCCACCCGACCUAUAAGAGGACAGAAAGUUCCAGAAACCAAAGGGUCUGAUGUUCCCUGUAAUGACACUGUGGCCUGUCUUGAUGGGACCACAUGUUGUAAGACUGCACAGGGAGACUGGGCUUGCUGUCCUCUCCCUCAGGCAGUAUGUUGUGAAGACUUCAUCCACUGCUGUCCUCAAGGGAAAAAGUGUAACCUUGCUGCUCAGACAUGUGAUGACCCAUUAGGUUCUGUGCCCUGGCUGAAGAAGGAAUCCACACAUCCCAGACAAGAUUGGAAGCCAUUGGGUAAAGGUCACAAUUCAUCAGGCGACAUUCCCUGUGACUCCAGCCAUUCCUGCCCUGAUUCCACUACUUGCUGUAAAGAUGUUGAUGCAAACUGGAAGUGUUGCCCUUUUCCUCAGGCUAUCUGCUGCUCUGAUGGAGAGCACUGCUGUCCGCCUGGCUACUCCUGUGAUGUGGACUCAGGGUCCUGUGUGAAGACCAUCUGGCAAGAGACGGAGACAGUUCCCUUAAACUACAUUCAUAGCCUCCAAAAUGACAUCCAGUGUGAUGAUGAAUUUAGCUGCAAAGACACCGAGACCUGCUGUAAGGCAUCUCAGACUACCUGGGCCUGUUGCCCAGUGCUGAAGGCUGUGUGCUGCAGUGACAUGGAGCACUGCUGUCCAGCAGGGUACACCUGUGUAGAAGGUGGCCAGUGUGCCCAGACAACAGACUUCAGCUGGGACAACUGGCAAGUGUUCUUCUCCAAGAAGAAACAAGUUGUUGUCCUAUGAGCUCAACUCAGCUCGUCCUAUUGAUUUAUGACACAACUAAAUCACCAAAGAGUACCAUAUUAAAAUUACACUAAUCGGGGUAUAUAUAAUCAAGAAAUACACAUUAAGAAGAAUGAUUUUUUAUGGAAGAAAUAAAAGGAUCAGACUGAUGAUUGUCACUUGAAGAUCUACUUGCACUAUACAUCUCACUGACCAUUAUUCUAUGGUCAGUGAGUGUUAUAACUCUAUUCAGAAGGAACAUCUUUGUUAGCAUUUUCAGUAUCGCAUUGUCUUUUUUCCGGAGAACACGCUGUUUGAUGCAACUUGGAGUAAUGGAAGCUAUAUAGUGUUUAAACACCUCAUACUUGAUAUAAAAAUGUACUCUUCUCUUACAUUCCUUGUUUUAAGAAAUUAGGUGAAGUUUUUGAGGAUCACAAAAAAUGCAUCAUGGUGAACAUUGUUAUAGUUUUGUAACUGCUUAGUAGCUACAAUAACCUACUAACUGUGUUGACUGUAGAAAUCUAGUGCUUCAAGCUAAAUAAAUCUAAUUCAAUAUAUGUA